CAACAACAACAAAAAAGUAAAGAACCUCGGAAAAUGAAUAUUUAUUAUUUGAUAAUCUUUUUAUUUGCUAAAAAUAAGUAAUAAAAUUAUUAGUGUAAAGUACAGCAACAUUAAAAGAAAACAUUGUUGUGACAACAAAGAAAACAUUGUAUCAAACAAGACAUGAUUUUCGACUUAUUCUACAAAAAGUCUCAAUUAAAUUAAAGGAAAAAAGUAUAAAUUAUUAAAAUGCAACGCAAAAGAAGAAAAUUUCUAGGCAAUUCUGAAUGAAGGUGAAUUGAUAUUUUGUUUAUAAACGGUGUGAGAAUAGAAAGUGAAUUUAAAAUAUGUUAACCUAAUUAAUUAAUAAAAACAAACAAAAACGCAGUUUAUAAAAACCAUAAUUAGAUAAGAUUAAAUGAAUAAAUUAUAGCUGGAAACUAAAAAUAGAAACAUAAUUUAGACAAGAACAACAACAAAGACUGCAACUACAAGUUGAAGAAACUUCCAAAUUUCAGUAACGUCCAAUUUCUAAAAGAUUCUAUUAGAAAUAGAAAAAAACACUUCCUCAAUAUGAGAGGCAUUGAGGGUAAAGUUGUUAUUUUAGGAUCUAGAGGUGUUGGCAAAACAUGCCUUGUAACCAAAUACAUUAAAAACACUCUACACAAAGAUGUUGGUCCAACAAUAGCAGCUUCAUUUUUCACUUGUAAGGUCAUCUUGGAUGAUGCUAAAGUAAAAUUACAAAUUUGGGAUACUGCUGGCCAGGAACGUUUUAAAGCGGUCGCACCCAUGUAUUAUCGCAACGCUAAUGCUGCCAUAUUAGUUUUUGAUCUAUCACAAAAUCGUACGUUUUGUGAAAUAAAAUCAUGGAUACAGGAACUGCAUCGCAAUGUACAGGAUCCUUUGAUUCUAACACUAGUGGGUAAUAAAUUAGAUUUACAUGCACAACGUGCAGUAUCACGAGAAGAGGCUUGCCUAUUUGCCAACUCUAUAGGAGCAACAUAUUUUGAGACAUCUGCUGAGACGGAUCAAGGUCUUGAACAGGUUUUCGUUAGUACUGCCUUAGGUCUAGUGCGUUUAGCGAAAGAAGGCAAAUGUCGUUCACUAAGACAAUUCGAUUCAUGUGAUUCGAUCUCAACAUAUACGAAUAAUAAUACAGCUUUUAAUCAUACUGCUCAAGCGAUAAGUAAUCGCCAUAUACAUGAAAAUGGUUCUAUAAUACAUUUACCCUCGGUGCCAAUGGGUAUACCCGUAGAAGGCGAUGAUGUAAAAGCUACGGCUGAGGGUCGUUUAGAGACACCAUCCUGGAGUAUAGAACACAUAGCAUUGGGUGAAGAGGAACCUGUCAAUUGGUGUUGCUAAAUAUUCAAAAUAAAAGCAGAUAAACGAAAACAAUUGUGAUUUUUAUAGAAAAUUUAAACAAAGCAAUUUAUUUAUGCAAACCACAAGAAUCUUUAAUCAAAUACAUAGAUAUUAUUUAAAAUUUCUAAAUUAUACGUAUAUAAAUCAUAAUUUUUCUAUAUUAUAGUAUAAAUAAGUAAGUUUUUUUUGUAGCCAUCUAUUUAAAUAGUUCUUUAAGUAAAAAUAUAUUUAAAAAAGGCAAAUUAUUCAAAUAAUUAUUUACAAUAUUUGUUAUUUUAAUAAUAUUGUAAAAUACUACAGAAUGAAAUUACUUUUGACCAAAAAUUGCCCAUCGAAUUUCUUUUUGUUUUAAAGACAAAACCGUUUUUUUUUUAAUAAAACAAAUUAAAUUAUUAAUUUUUUACUAUUUUUUAUACUAACCUCAUAUGGUACUGAUGUGCUUUUAUUAAUUAAAUAUUUUCUCACUUAUUUCUUCUCUGUUCAAUCAUUAAUAAUAUUCAUAAAAUUUUAAUUUUUAAUUUUGUAAGUUUUCCUAUAUAUUUACUACUCGUAUGAGUUUAUGAUUUAAUCUUUUUAUUUAUAACUAAAAAAAUAUAACAUGUGUACAAAUAGUAAAACAUAUUCAUUUGUUAUAAUGAACGACAUGUUUAUUCAUGCUCAUUAUUCUCGUUUAAAACAGUUUACAUACGUAAAUAAAUAUUUUUAUUUAACUAAAUAUGUAUGAGGAAUAUAGUACAUACGAA